ACGAUGUUAACGUAAAUGUAAAACUUAUGGGGAACUUAAAAUACUCAAUUUAUUUGUUGAUAUUGAAGUUGGUUAUAAGUUAUAAGACUUAACAAUUGUUUAAAAAAUCGUCUGACUAGCUUAAACAGUGAGUAGUAAAUAGAGAGGGAAUCGGAAGAUUAAAAAGUCACAAUCUCCUAGAUAUGUUUAUCAGUUUUAUUUAGCAUGGUUGAAUGUACUCGUUGUGGAAAAGUUUUUAAAUACGAGAGCGAACGCAAAAGACAUGAACUCAGCCAUUUACCAGGUUUUGAGUGCAAUAAAUGCGGCAAAAAAUUCACAUAUAUUUCUGCUCUAAAGCGUCACCAGAAGCAACAUGAAAGGACGGGAACAGUUGAAUGCGAUAAAUGUAAUCACACUUUUAAAGAUGCAGUUCUUCUCCAGCGCCAUUUGAAAUAUGCCCAUGAAGGUACACAUAUUUGUAAAGAAUGUGAGGCACAGUUCAGUAGCCACCAGGCUCUCCGUAUUCAUAUGUUAACACACAAACCAAAGUCCGAGCGGAAGUAUUCAUGCAGAUAUACUGAUUGUAACAAAACAUUCAAUUUCUCUCAUCACCUCAAAUACCAUGAGAUGACACAUACAAACAGUCGACAGCACUUUUGUGAUAUUUGUGGAAAAGGGUUCAUCCAAUCACACAAUUUAAAGGUACACAUCAAAACACAUGAAACUAGUAAGAGGUUAUUAUGUGAAAUGCCAAACUGUACGAAAAAGUUUAAAUCUGAAUCAGCUCGGAAGAGACACUACGCUAGACAUAAAAAAGAACCUAUUGAUAAAGAGCCAUCCAAAAAUCUGGUAAAUGUUUCUGCAUUAUCUGAAGGUGAUCGAUCUUCUCCAUGCGACCAGUUCACUGUUUUAUUUCCCGAAGACCAUGAGCUUAGUGAGGACAGAAAUGUCAAUACAGAAUUGUCAGCGAGUACAUUACCAAAAACAAUAGAGGAAUUUCAAGUUGACAUAGAAGAUGAUUUGCAUGGAAAUAUAAAUGAUUCCAUGGACUGUGUUAACACAUGUAGAUCUGUAUUAGGCAAAUGUUUAGUGACUGGGGAUACAAUUGGGAAUGGAAAUUGUUUAUGUGAUCAAAUGGUUAAAGUGAAUACUAACGAAGUUAACAAAAAUCUGAAAAAAGAAAACAAAAGACUACAUAAUGUGACUGAGAAAAGUAAUGAUAUAAAUAUGUCAUGUAAUAGUUGUGCAUGUUCUAAUGUUAAAUCGAAUACAGACAAAAUAGAGAAUAAGAAAAAAGUAAAUAAUGAUUGUAUGCCAGAAUUUGAAUAUGGGGUUAACGGUAUUAUUAAAAUAAUUAAUACAAUUGACUCAGAUUUAGAAGGAAUUGUUAUCAAUAACAAACCUAAGGCUAAAUCUAAAUGUGAUGCUGAAACUAUUCCGUACAACAGUUGCAAGGCAAUUUUAGGUACUUGUAUAGUGAGUGGAAAUGGAACGAUUAGUGAGGAUUGUCUUUGUGCUAAAAUGUUGAUAGAUGAUCAACAAAUGAUUAGUCAAGAAAUGGAAGAAAUUACACCACAACCAUGUGAUUCUACAAUGUGUUUGUAGUUAUAGAAGUGCCUUAUUAUUCUAUAAGUGAGAUUUUAAAUCAUUUUCAUGGUUAAAAUUUACAUAUCAACUUUAUAUUGAUUUUCAAACAUCAUCAAGUGC